UUGUUUAUAUUUUUGAAAGAUGUUUUACGCUUUUAUUUUUUCAUUUGUUCCCUUUAUAAUUAAUCGAGUUAACUUAUUUGUCCAUCAAAUUAAUUGUUUAUUUUAAAUAGUACUGUAUCUUAAUCCUAAGAAAUACUACCAAGUUAUGAAUUACUUUACUGUAUUUGGAUAAGCUUUUGAUUUUUAUAUCUAGUGUGAAAAUUCUAUCUUAUUUAAGUUAGCCAGUAAUUCUUGGCAUUUCAUAAAAUCAUUUAUCUUAUAUUUUGUAUUUAAUGUGGUAUAUCGAUUCAUACUAUGGUAUUCAUUCAACUACCCUCACAAUUAAGUGACGAAGAAAAAGCUUUGCAACAGAAAUAUGCAAAACUCAAGCGAAAGAAAAAGCUUUUAUUUCAACACAAAACUCCCAAAGUGGAAAAGCCUGAAAUCACAACUCAAACAGUCCUAAAAAGAGCCGCAGAAUCAUCAAAACAAGAUGCCAAAGAAGUAGCAAAAAGAUUACUUAAAGCAGGAGCUAUAAAAUUAGCGAAACCACCGGAUAAAGAGAGAGAAGGUCAAGGAUUCAAACGAUCGAAAUCACUUGCCCGCAAAAAAAUUGGAGCUGAUAAGCCUGCUGGAUUUAAACCUUUCCAACCUGAUCCAGAAAGGGAAACAUUGCCUAGUACAGGAUUUUCAAUGGCGCCAAAAUCAAGUAGUUCUGGUUAUGGAAAUUCUUCCUCUCCAACAUCUUCAGCAGGAUCAGGAGGACCAUCAAGUUCAUGGGGUAUGAUUGCCGCCAGUUAUAACCGAAGAGGUGAACCGUCCAAUGAUUCACAGGAUCAACGUGAGAUUGUCAGUUAUGAUGAUCUUUGAACUUUGCAAAUAAUUCCAAACAUAUUUUAUAAAUAUUUUCACCCUCAAAUUACAAGCAAUUCUUUAGUCUCAUGAAUACUUGACUUUUGUGAAUAUUUUUUUAUAUAUCAAAUAAGACAUUGAAAUGAACAGUUA